GGCAUCACAGUACGCCGGGCUCCAAGCAUGUUAAAAUGGCGGAGCUGCAAAUGCUGCUGGACGAGGAGAUCCCUGCGGGCAGAAAAGCUCUCCUGGACACGUUCCCCAACCUGGAGAGGGUCGCCGAGUACUGCGAGGCCAACUAUGUCCAGGCGUGGGACAAGCACGGAGCCCUGGAGGAGACCAAGAGCUACACCACGCAGUCUGUCGCCAGCGUGGCCUACCUCAUCAACACGCUGGCCAACAACAUGCUACAGAUGCUCGACAUUCACACGUGUCAGCUGCGAAGCAUGGAGAACGCCGUCAACCACAUCGCGCAGACGGUGGCCAUCCACAAGGAGAAGGUGGCGAGGCGUGAGAUUGGGGUGCUGACUGCCAAUAAGAACGCAGGCCACGCCCACAAGAUCGUGGCGCCGGCCGAUCCGGAGAAGCUGCUGCGCUACAUCCGCAAGCCCGUCAACUUCGGCGCGCUGGACCACGUCGGGCACGGCGUCAAGUGCUUGUUGAGGAUGAAGGUGAACGGCCAGGAAAACGCCAAGGUGGGCAGGUGCGGCCCACCCAGCCCCCCCACUGCAGGACACCGCAGCAUCUUCGGUGGCAGUAGCGGAGGGAGUCACCAGAGCAGCAGCAGCAGAGAGAACAGCGGCAGCGGGACCACCGCCGUGCCCAUCGCCGUGGCAACGCCGUCCCCUCCCGCCGUCUUCCCGGUUUCUCCGAGCGCCGGACCCCAAAGCUCGUCCUCCAGCGCCCCCAACUCUUCUCCGACCUACUCUUUCUCCUCCUCGUCCUCCUCUUCCUCGUCCGCCACCCUAACGCUGCCGCCGCCUCCGCCCUUGCCGCACGCCGCCCCGUCCCCGCCGUCCGAGGCCAAUGAGAAUCCUGGCACCCCCUGUGUCCAUCCUCCACCACCUCCCCCGUCCUCCUACUUGUCCCCCGAGGAAGGUGGGGCGGUGCCUCAAUUCUUCAGCAUGAAUCGCCCUCAGCCCCGCCAGCAAACACCGCAAGUGGGCGGCUCCCUGCCCUACCGCCGCCCGCCCUCUGUCACCGGGCAGCCAAUUGUCACACAGAUCCACCAGGUCAACGGCGGGCCCUGCUACAACAGCCAAAGCCCGGCUUCUCCGCCGCCGUCCCUCAUCCAGUUCCCCCCUCAGCUCCCUCUCAUGGGCUUCGCGGCUCGCCUCCAAGAAUCCAACGCGCCGCCGCCGCCCCUCCGGCCCACCACCGACCAGACCGCGCCCGCUGAGGUUCGGGGAGACGGCGCCCAUCUGGGCGAGGAGGACUCGUCCGUGGUGGAGUACGACGACCCGUACGCCGAGGAAGACCCUCCCUGGGCCCCCGCAAACUACAUGGAGAAAGUGGUGGCCAUCUACGACUACACGGCCGACAAGGAGGACGAGCUGUCUUUCCAGGAGGGCGCCAUCAUCUACGUGCUGAAGAAGAACGAGGACGGCUGGUUCGAGGGCGUCAUGAACGACAACACUGGACUCUUCCCCGGGAACUACGUGGAGGCCAUCAUGCACUACGCCGACUGACAGGUUUUGUUUUGUUUUUACCCACAAGCCCUUGCACUCAUGGUGACGCCCAAAGUCGUAUAUAAAGAGACUCUGGACAUUCGCUGUGAACUCACUGCACUGCUCUGUCAUUGGUUAAAUCGCCAUCACAUGGUUUAUGGGCACCACGUUGUUACCCAGCGUCUCCAUUUCCCUCAUAGGCGUACGGUUAGCGGCGGUGGCUUUGUUCGACUUCAAACUAUCAUGUCAUUAAACCGUAGUUUUGGCAGCAUACACAGGAAGUCCGCCAACCUGUUUCCCGCGUUUAAUCACGUGACGUUCCGCAUAGCAGCUUAACCCCUACUGAACGCACUUCCAUGUUGGCUGCGAUAAUGUGUCAAUAAGGUUUAUUCAAACCAGGUAGAGCAGAUGAACGCAGUAUAAAAAGGCAUGUAUUCAAUAUGUAAUUGCAUAUUGAGUUAUCAUUAUGCAGUAUUAAACACAAUGAAGUUCCUUUAAUUUUUUUUUUUUUUGUUUUGUUUUUUUUUUUAAUACUGGUAGGGAUGAGCUAACAGAGUGAAAUCAGGAGGUUUAUUCGUGCUGCUGGGUAACAACAUGGUGCCCAUGCACAUAGCUGGCCAGAUUUCCUUUAUAUCAGACUUCUGUCACCGCCGAAUCCGAGCCUCAAGAGUGUUGUUGACGGUGUGAAGUGGACUCCGGCGGAAAAUGUCCGCUCUUGAAGUUUACAUGGUGUGUUUGCGUACGUUGCAGUGUUUACAUUUAUAUAUACAGUAUUUACAACCCCAAUUCCAAUGAAGUUGGGACGUUGUGUUAAACAUAAAUGAAAACAGAAUACAAUGAUUUGCAAAUCACAUUCGACCUAUAUUUAAUAGAAUACACUACAAAGACAAGAUAUUUCAUGUUCAAACUGAACUACAAACUGUUUUUUUUGUUUUUAGCAAAUAAUCAUGAACUUAGAAUUUUAUGGCUGCAACAUGUCCCAAAAAAAGCUGGGACGGGGUCAUGUUUACCACUGUGUUACAUCACCUUUUCUUUUAAUAACAUUCAAUAAACGUUUGGGCACUGAGGACACUAAUUGUUGAAGCUUUGUCGGUGGAAUUAUUUCCCAUUCUUGCUUGAUGUACAGCUUCAGCUGUUCAACAGUCCGGGGUCUCCGUUGUCGUAUUUUACGCUUCAUAAUGCGCCACACAUUUUCAAUGGGAGACAGGUCUGGACUGCAGGCAGGCCAGUCUCGUACCCGCACUCUUUUACUACGAAGCCACGCUGUUGUAACACGUGCAGAAUGUGGUUUGGCGUUGUCUUGCUGAAAUAAGCAGGGGCGUCCAUGAAAAAGAUGUUGCUUGGAUGGCAGCAUAUGUUUCUCCAAAACCUGUAUGUACCUUUCAGCAUUAAUGGUGUCUUCACCGAUGUGUAAGUUACCCAUGCCAUGGGCACUAACACAGCUCCAUACCAUCACAGAUGCUGGCUUUUGAACUUUACGUCCGUAACAGUCCGGCUGGUUCUUUUCCUCUUGACACGAUGUCCACAAUUUCCAAAAACAAUUUGAAAUGUGGACUCGUUGAACCACAGAACACUUUUCCACUUUGCAUCACUUUUUGAUGCAGUGCCGCCUGAGGGAUCGAAGGUCACGGGCAUUCAGUGUUGGUUUUCGGCCUUGCCGCUUACAUGCAGUGAUUUCUACACAAUCGCUGAACCUUUUGAUGAUGAUAUGGACUGAAGAUGAUGAAAUCCCUAAAUUCCUUGCAAUUGUACAUUGAGGAACUAUUUUCUCACGCACUUGUUCACAAAGACGUGAACCUCGCCCCAUCUUUGCUUGUGAAUGACUGAGCAAUUCAGGGUAUUCUGUUUUUAUUUGCACAACACAACAUCCCAACUUCAUUGGAAUUGGGGUAGUACAUGUAAUAUUUUAUAUUCUUGUUCUGUGCUUUAUUCUCAGCUUUUGGCUGUACUGGCCCUUUAAAUGGUGGAUAAAUGCUGUGCAUGUGCGUUUGAACUGUCAUGAAUGAGGUUGUAUGCCCUAAAAAAGAAAAUCAAUAAUAUGCUAACAUCGGGUCUGUUUCAAAUGUUUAAAAUAAAAGAUAUACACUGGACCCUCGCAAGUUGUUUUAUUUUUAUAUGUAUAUAUAAUAUGGGUGUGUGUGUGUGUGUGUGUGUGUGUAUACCAAAGGUAUUGGAACGGCAAGGUCAAUUCCUUUGUUUUUGUUGUACACUGAAGACAUCUGAGACAAACGUUCAGAGUUCCAGCGUUCAUUUCAUGGUAUUUACAUCUGGAUGUGUCAAACAACUCAAGACAGAGCACCUUUUGUUUGAAGCCACCCACUUUUCAAGUGAGCAAAAGUAUUGGAACAGACAUUAUUAAAUGAACUUAAAGUGAAUAACAUUGAAUAUUUGGUGGCAUAACCCUUAUUUGCAAUAACUGCAUCAAGCCAGUGACCCAUUGACUUCACCAGACUGUUGCAUUCUUCAUUCGAAACCACCCAGGCGUCAGGGUUCCAAUCCCCGCGAAUAGCUGAGGGUCCACAGUACUGUGAUAUUUUCUGCUAAAGCUUGUUUUAUGUAUCUUUGGAUAGAAAUGUGUGCGUUUUCAUAUGUAAUGUGCGUUACAAAUCCUAAUGGACAAACAAGAUGACUGUCUUCAGUAUCAAGCUAGUUGUCUCA